AUGGGAGUGCCUAAAAAUAAUGAAAAAGAAAAAACUAUGGAAAUGUGGUAUAUUUGCAGAUUUUUGUCUCCGAAGAACAGUAAUUUGGGAGUAAAUGACAGUCAAAUGGAGAGAGGGGAAGAAAUUUGUGUGGAGAGACCGAUAGCAGCAGAAAGGAAUGAAGAGAUUUGUGUGGAGAGACAGAUAGUAGAAGAAAUGGAAGAGAAGAAUGAAGAUAGAGAUGAGGAAGUAAAAGAUGCUGAUGAAAAUAUGAACCAUGCAGAGAAAAUUGAUAUUAGAGAUAUAGCAGGUCAUGUCAGUCUGUUCUUGUAG